UCCAGACCUAGCUUCGGGGCUUAAGAGAUGUUUGAAGGCAGAAAAAAAGUGUACCAAACUUAGAGGAAGAUGAAGCAUUUUUUUAGUUCUUGGUUCUUUCUGGCAGUUCUUUCAUUGCAGUUUUUCUGCAGUGAAUCCCUACAAGAGGCCAAGUCUCCAGGGGACAUUAUUAUUGGAGGAUUGUUUCCCAUACAUGAAAGUGUUGAUGCAAAGGGACAAUGUAACAGGUUCAGUGUUGCACGGCUGACCCAGUCUCUGAUAAUGGUGCAUGCAAUAGAGGAGAUAAAUCGGAGUGGAGAGCUGGGGAACAUCACUCUGGGCUAUCACAUUUUGGAUUCUUGUGGGGAUGUUACCACAGCGCUGAAAAACAGUCUGCGCUUCAUGAAAAUGAACGAUAGCAAACAGCAGUCCUCCCCACCCGUGAUGGCCGUCAUAGGUGAUUACUACUCAGAAAUAUCUAUAGCAGUGACACGGCAACUCAACUUGGAGAAAAUCCCUCAGAUCAGUUAUGGUUCUACAUCCGGCCUCCUAAGUGAUAAAACACGUUUUCCAAGCUUUCUGAGAACUGUGCCGGAGGACGAUCACCAAGCACAGGCCAUCGUUCAGAUUCUGAAGGAUCACAACUGGAACUGGGUUGGAAUUGUGGCAACAGAUGGUGAAUAUGGCCGUUAUGCAGUUGAACGUCUCCAACAUCAUGCAGCCAGCCAAGACAUCUGCUUUGCAUACAUCAAGUUCUUGCCAGAGUUUCUGGUUGACAGCAACCUUGAAGACAGCAUCAGGGACACAGUCAAAAGUGUCAUUGAAAAUCAAAAUGUCUCAGUCAUCGUCUCCUUCGCCAAACCCAGACACAUGAUGUAUAUGUUUGACAAUGUUCUUAAGCAUCACAGAGGGAGAAAAAAAGUUUGGAUAGCCAGUGAUAACUGGUCACAAGCCGUUGAUUGUCUCAAUACAACAAGAUGGAAUUUGAAAGACGUCGGAACAGUUUUUGGGGUAACCCUUAAAUCUGGAAACUCAUCCAGGUUUGAACGGUUCCUGAGGAAUCUUACUAACAACUCUGAUCAGUACGAGAACAAGAACUCCUUUUUGAUGGAGUUUUUAAAAGGGAAUGAUGACUCUAACAACGGCUCAAAUACAUCCAUCGAAUUCAAGAUCGAUCGGUUAGUAAACACGACAUAUCUGUACGCCGUCCUCAGUAUCGAGCUGGCAGUCAAAGCAAUCGCUCAGACUGUUAAAGACCUGUGCGUCACCAAGAAGUGUGACAUAUCUACACUGCAACCUGGAGAGCUCAGAGAUGCCUUGAAAAAUGCAAUUAUCUCCUUGGACGGGAGAAAUUAUUCAUUUAAUAAGCACUGCGAUCUCGAAUCAGGUUAUGAUAUUAUCAUGUGGAGGUACUUGUCAGGAAGGACUUUGGAUAUGAACUACCAAGUUGGUCAUUAUGACAUAAAACGAGACAGACUGAUGGUUACCUCAGAAAUCAACAAUUUAUAUCAUCAGACUAAAAAAGUAAGUUCAAGGUGCUCAGUAUGUUAUCCAGGCGAGAUGAAGGUCAGACGGCAUGGCCAGCCAGUCUGUUGCUAUGAAUGCAAAAAGUGUCCAGAAAAUUAUUACUCCAACACCACUGAUGCUUCACUUUGCUUUGAAUGUGAUAACACCACCGACUACUCAAACGAGGGCAGUUAUCGCUGUAUGAAGAAAACAAUUGACUUCCUGAUGUGGACCGAUGUAUAUCUAAUUACGCUGGUGGCUUUUUCUGCUCUCGGAGCUCUUCUCUGCCUGGUGGUUGGCAUCAUCUACCUGGUCUGCUGGAAAACACCAGUCGUACGCUCAUCUGUUGGCCCCAUCUCCAUCCUCCUCCUCUUCUCGCUUUUGAGUACAUUUGGAUGUGUGGUGAUAUUUGGCGGUGAACCCACAGACUGGCAGUGCAAAGCACGGCAGGUGUUAUUUGGGUUGAGUUUCACAUUGUCCGUGUCCUGCAUCUUGGUAAAGUCGUUUAAGAUCAUCAUGGCCUUUGAAUUUGACCCUGUAACACAAGACAUCCUAAAGAAGCUCUACAAGCCUUACCUUAUUAUUCCAUUGUGCUUGGCAGGUCAAGUGCUGAUCAUCACUGUGUGGUUUCUUUAUAAGCCCCCAAAGCCAAUGAAGGAUUAUAAAUAUUCAAACAAGCUACUUGUCUUGAAAUGUUAUGAGAAUUUGUUUCCGGCGUUUGGGGCCAUGUUAGCCUACAUUGGCCUUUUAGCAAUCAUCUGCUUCAUUCUUGCUUUUAAGGGGAGAAAGUUGCCUCAUUGUUACAACGACGCCAAAUUCAUCACGUUUUCUAUGCUUAUUUAUCUUAUUGCCUGGGUCAUCUUUGGUCCAGUUUAUAUGUAUGUCCGGGGCAAGUACAAAACAGUGAUCGAAAUGGCCGUUAUCCUCAUCUCGGCCUAUGGCAUCCUGUUUUGCCAGUUCUUCACAAAAUGCUACAUCAUUCUGUUCAGACGGGAGGAAAACAAAGAGGAAAAGUUUCGUGAGAGUAUUAGGAGCUUUGCAAUGAAGGACCGAGAUUCAUUAAGAUCCAGAGGAAUUGAAAAUCUAGCUCUAUCAAAUGACUCCCUGUCAAGCCCAGAACCAUCAAAGCCUCAGCGGCGGGAGUCCAUAAACUCCAUUGUGAAACCAUUCUACCAAGAUCCGGUCUCACAUACCAAACCAACCUUGCAGGAGGAUGAAAAGCAGCAAAACAAACUGAUCCCGUGA